AUGGGUCGUCGUCCAGCUCGCUGUUACCGCUAUUGUAAGAAUAAGCCGUACCCCAAGUCCCGUUUCUGUCGGGGUGUUCCGGAUCCAAAAAUCCGAAUCUAUGAUCUGGGCAAGAAGAAGGUUAGCGUAGAUGAGUUCCCACUCUGCGUCCACAUGCUGUCGGACGAAUACGAACAACUGUCGAGUGAAGCACUCGAGGCUGCUCGUAUCUGCGCCAACAAGUAUCUUGUUAAAUACUGCGGCAAGGAUGCUUUCCAUCUACGCAUGCGUGUCCAUCCUUUCCAUGUCAUUCGGAUCAAUAAAAUGUUGUCCUGUGCUGGUGCCGACAGGCUGCAGACCGGUAUGCGUGGAGCGUAUGGCAAGCCUCAAGGGACGGUCGCCCGUGUGGAUAUCGGCCAAGUGAUAAUGUCCGUUCGGGGUAAGGAUUGCCACAAAAACCAGUUCAUCGAGGCUCUCCGUCGAGCAAAGAUGAAGUUCCCUGGCCGUCAAAAGGUAAAAUAA